CCGCGGCUCAUGCGCGGUGCACCGAGGCUUGUUUCACAUCUGUAACAACAGAGUUAGUAAAUGAAUUUCAAUGAUCCGGAACCACUUUCUUUUCCUGCGGGGGCCAUCUCUUUAGUGACCCAGCAUUGUCCUUCCCAGGAGGAGGCCCAGCCUCGUGAUGAGGAAUAGUAAGGAGAGAAUUCAGCUCCAGUUCAAAAGCCUACAAAAUCUGAGACUUUCACUGCUCUUGUAAGUUUUCUCUCUGAGCUACCAUAUCCUAUCGGCUGAAAUUUCCGGCAUCCCUGGGGGAGAGGAGGCCAUCAGGGCAGACCUGCUAUGGACCUGAAAGAUUCGGCCCCAGGAUUCCAGCUUUCCCUCCUGGCCAGAAAUGUUCAGCCUGGACUCAUUCAGAAAAGAUCGGGCCCAGCACAGGCAGCGUCAGUGCAAACUUCCCCCACCCCGCCUUCCACCCAUGUGUGUCAACCCUGCCCCUGGAGGGACCAUCUCUCGAGGCUGAACGUUAACAUUUCCAACAUGGCAGCUUCUAGGGACCUAUUAAAAGAGUUCCCACAGCCCAAAAACCUUCUCAACAGUGUGAUUGGAAGAGCCCUUGGCAUCUCACAUGCAAAAGACAAACUGGUCUACGUGCACACGAAUGGACCGAAGAAAAAGAAAGUCACCCUCCAUAUAAAGUGGCCCAAGAGCGUGGAGGUGGAGGGCUAUGGCAGCAAGAAGAUCGACGCCGAGCGGCAGGCUGCAGCCGCGGCCUGCCAGCUGUUCAAGGGCUGGGGUCUGCUGGGUCCCCGGAAUGAGCUAUUUGAUGCAGCCAAAUACCGUGUGCUAGCCGACCGCUUUGGCUCUCCGGCUGACAGCUGGUGGCGCCCAGAACCCACCAUGCCACCCACUUCCUGGCGGCAGCUGAAUCCCGAGGGCAUCCGGCCAGGGGGACCUGGGGGCCUCUCCCGCUCCUUGGGCCGAGAGGAAGAGGAAGAUGAGGAGGAAGAACUAGAAGAGGGGACCAUCGAUGUCACUGAAUUCCUGUCCAUGACCCAGCAGGACUCCCACACUCCACUCAGGGGGGGUUCCCUUGAAAUGACAGAUGAUGACAGUGCUAUUAGGGCUCUGACCCAGUUUCCGCUUCCCAAGAACCUUCUGGCCAAGGUGAUUCAGAUAGCAACAUCGUCUUCCACAGCUAAGAACCUCAUGCAGUUCCAUACUGUGGGCACCAAGACCAAGCUGUCCACCCUGACCCUGCUCUGGCCCUGUCCCAUGACCUUUGUUGCCAAAGGGCGCCGCAAAGCAGAGGCUGAGAACAAGGCGGCGGCCUUGGCCUGCAAGAAACUGAAGGCCGCUGUGCUGGGAAUUCGUGGAGGUGAACUUGGGCUGUUGGGGACCCAGCUGCUCAGUGGGAGUUUCUCAGCCCCCGCCGCCUUCCCGACAGAUAGCCUGGGCCUGGUGGACCGCAACAACGAGCCGCUUACGCACGCCAUGUACAACUUGGCCUCCUUGCGUGAGCUGGGCGAGACCCAGCGCCGGCCAUGUACCAUCCAGCUGCCUGAGCCCAUCCUCCGCAAGAUAGAGACCUUCCUGAACCACUACCCCGUGGACAGUUCAUGGAUCUCCCCAGAGCUCCGGCUGCAGGGUGAUGACAUCUUGCCCUUGGGCAAGGACUCAGGGCCCCUGAGUGACCCUAUCACAGGCAAGCCCUACGUGCCCCUGUCAGAGUCGGAGGAGGUGCGUCUGAGCCAGAGCCUGCUAGAGCUGUGGCGGCGGCGAGGGCCCAUCUGGCAGGAGGCCCCCCAGCUCCCUGUGGACCCGCAUCGGGACACCAUCCUCAAUGCCAUCGAGCAGCACCCGGUGGUGGUCAUCUCCGGGGACACAGGCUGUGGGAAAACCACGCGCAUCCCGCAGCUGCUGCUGGAGCGCUAUGUGACCGAGGGCCGAGGUGCUCGCUGCAACGUGAUCAUCACCCAGCCGCGCCGCAUCUCGGCCGUUUCCGUGGCACAGCGGGUCAGCCACGAACUGGGCCCCUCCCUGCGCCGGAACGUGGGCUUCCAGGUGCGGUUGGAAAGCAAGCCCCCGGCCCGGGGCGGCGCCCUGCUCUUCUGCACCGUGGGCAUCCUGCUGCGGAAGCUGCAGAGCAACCCCAGCCUGGAAGGCGUGAGCCACGUCAUCGUGGACGAGGUGCACGAGCGGGACGUGAACACGGACUUCUUGCUGAUCUUGCUCAAGGGCCUGCAGCGGCUCAACCCCGCCCUGCGGCUGGUGCUCAUGAGCGCCACGGGUGAUAACGAGCGCUUCUCCCGCUACUUCGGCGGCUGCCCCGUCAUCAAGGUGCCCGGCUUCAUGUACCCCGUCAAGGAGUAUUACCUGGAGGACAUCCUGGCCAAGCUGGGCAAGCACCAGUACCCACCCCGGCACCGGCACCACGAGGCUGAGGACGAGUGUGCACUCGAUUUGGACCUUGUGACCGAUCUGGUUUUGCACAUCGAUGCCCGCGGGGAACCAGGUGGGAUCCUCUGCUUCCUGCCUGGCUGGCAGGAGAUCAAAGGAGUGCAGCAGCGCCUGCAGGAGGCCCUGGGCGUGCACGAGAGCAAGUACCUCAUCCUGCCAGUGCACUCCAACAUCCCCAUGAUGGACCAGAAGGCCAUAUUUCAGCAGCCACCAGUUGGAGUACGCAAGAUUGUCUUGGCCACCAAUAUCGCUGAGACCUCCAUCACAGUCAAUGACAUCGUGCACGUGGUGGACAGUGGCCUGCACAAGGAGGAACGCUAUGACCUGAAGACCAAGGUGUCCUGCCUGGAGACGGUGUGGGUGUCACGAGCCAAUGUGAUCCAGCGCCGGGGCCGGGCGGGCCGCUGUCAGUCGGGCUUUGCCUACCACCUGUUCCCACGGAGCCGGCUGGAGAAAAUGGUCCCUUUCCAAGUGCCGGAGAUCCUGCGCACGCCCCUUGAGAACCUGGUGCUGCAGGCCAAGAUCCACAUGCCCGAGAAGACGGCAGUGGAGUUCCUCUCCAAGGCCGUGGACAGUCCAAACAUUAAGGCAGUGGACGAGGCUGUGAUCUUGCUCCAGGAGAUCGGGGUGCUGGACCAGCGGGAGUACCUGACCACCCUGGGGCAGCGCCUGGCCCACAUCUCCACCGACCCCCGGCUGGCCAAGGCCAUAGUGCUGGCCGCCAUCUUCCGUUGCCUGCACCCGCUGCUGGUGGUCGUCUCCUGCCUCACCCGGGACCCCUUCAGCAGCAGCCUGCAGAACCGAGCGGAGGUGGACAAGGUGAAGGCACUGCUGAGCCACGACAGUGGCAGUGACCACCUGGCCUUCGUGCGGGCCGUGGCCGGCUGGGAGGAGGUGCUGCGCUGGCAGGACCGCAGCUCCCGUGAGAACUACCUGGAGGAGAACCUGCUGUACGCGCCGAGCCUGCGCUUCAUCCACGGACUCAUCAAGCAGUUCUCCGAGAACAUUUACGAGGCUUUCCUGGUGGGGAAGCCCUCGGACUGCACCCUGGCCUCUGCCCAGUGCAACGAGUACAGCGAGGAGGAGGAGCUGGUGAAGGGCGUGCUGAUGGCGGGUCUCUACCCCAACCUCAUCCAGGUGAGGCAGGGCAAGGUGACCCGGCAGGGCAAGUUCAAGCCCAACAGUGUCACAUACAGGACCAAAUCAGGCAACAUCUUGCUGCACAAGUCGACCAUUAACAGGGAGGCCACACGGCUACGGAGCCGCUGGCUGACGUAUUUCAUGGCUGUCAAAUCCAACGGCAGCGUCUUCGUCCGGGACUCCUCCCAGGUACACCCGCUAGCUGUGCUGCUACUGACCGACGGGGACGUCCACGUCCGUGACGAUGGGCGCCGGGCCACCAUUUCCUUGAGUGACAGCGACUUGCUGAGGCUGGAGGGCGACUCGCGCACCGUGCGGCUGCUGCGGGAGCUGCGCCGGGCGCUGGGCCGCAUGGUGGAGCGGAGCCUGCGCAGUGAGCUGGCCGCGCUGCCGCUGGAGGUGCAGCAGGAGCACGGGCAGCUGCUGGCCCUGCUGGCGGAGCUGCUGCGGGGACCCUGUGGCAGCUUCGACGUGCGCAAGUCAGCCGAGGACUGAGCCCUGCGUCGGCCGGGCCGUGUACAGAGUGCAAAUGUUUAUUUAAAAUAAAGUUCUAUUUAUCCCUUGUGA